AUGACUUCUAUAGGUACCGGAUACGAUUUAUCGAACAGUGUGUUCUCGCCAGACGGCAGAAACUUCCAGGUGGAGUAUGCCAUGAAGGCCGUGGAAAACGGAGGUACAUCCAUCGGUAUCAAGGCUAAAGAUGGCGUGGUGUUGGCCGUGGAAAAGAUCAUAAACUCCAAGUUACUUGUCCCAGGAAAGAAUAAGAGAAUACAAACCAUCGACAGACACAUUGGCGUGGCGUACUCAGGGUUGUUGCCGGACGGAAGACACUUUGUCAACCGUGGCAGAGAUGAGGCGCUGUCGUUCAGAUCCACUUACAAAACUCCGGUGUCGUUGCCCCAUCUCAUGGACAGAUUGGGACUCUACGUCCAGAACUAUACAUGUUACAACUCUGUGCGUCCGUUUGGCAUUGUUUCCAUUGUCGGCGGUGUGGACGACAACGGGCCCCAUUUGUACAUGAUUGAGCCCAGCGGAGCUUACUGGGGCUACACUGGAGCAGCCACUGGUAAGGGUAGACAGACAGCCAAGUCUGAGUUGGAGAAGUUGAACUUUGAGGAAUUGACGGUGAGAGAGGCAGUUAAGCAGGCGGCCAGAAUCAUCCACCAGGCACACGAGGAUAACAAGGACAAAGACUAUGAGUUGGAGAUCUCGUGGUGUUCGCUUGAGGAGACGGGUGGAAAGCAUGAGUUUGUUCCCGAGGAGUUGUUACAGGAAGCCAUCCAGUACGCGCAAGAGGAUGAUGAAGAGGAAGAAGAGGAAGAUACGGAGAUGGCCAACUAG